GUCACGAGUAAAUCAGCCAAACAACUUCCCAACAACAUGUUCAAAUACUUCGUUGUCGCCUUCUGCUGCUUGGCCAGCGCUGCUGCUGCUCCUGGCUAUUUGGGUGGAUUGGCCGCAGGUCCGGCUCUGCCUUUGGCCGCCGCACCGGCCAUCUCCUAUGGCCACGCCUUGGGUGCGCCUUCGCUUGCCUCGUAUGGAUUGGGUCCCAGGUAUAGCUAUGCCGCGCCAGCUCUGGCUCACGCUCCACUGGCUGCACCCGCCUUGUCCGCCUAUGGACUUGGACCCAGGAUUAGCUAUGCUUCGCCAGCUCUGGCACAUGCACCACUCGGUCUGGCACAUGCACCACUCGGCCUGACCCACGCACCACUCGCUGCUCCACUGGGACUUGGCUACAGAUCGUAUGCUGCUCCUGCUCUGAGCCUGGGCCAUGGCUGGUAGAGAAGCUCAGCCGAAAGUCGCUUGCGUUUAUUGCUUUUCGUUUCGUUGAAAAUUGUCAACCUCUGAGAGAAAGUGAAUUUGAAUAUUAAUUAUAUUUCG